AUGUCCCGAGGAUGGCUGACCACUCUCCUGGGGCUGCUGAGUGUGGCCUGGCUGCCCGCAGGCUCAGGGAGGCCUGGACCCCCAGCUCCCCCGGGGCCGGCCUUUGCCCUUGGCAGCUGGAAGGCCUUCCUGGGCCUGCAGAAACCCUGGAGGCUGGGGACAGAUGGGUUGCAGGAUGGGCAGGAGGUGGCCACCUCCGUGUCUUUGCCAUUGGACCCUAAAGAAGUGACCCAGGAAAUGUGUAAGGCUGUGCCCUUCAUUCAGGUGCUCUCUCGGCCUGGCUGCACUGCUGUCCGUGUCCGAAAUCACCUCUGCUUUGGCCGCUGCUCCUCCCUCUACAUCCCGGGCUCAGACCCCACCCCACUUGUCCUCUGCAACAGCUGCGUGCCCACUCGCCAGCACUGGACACCUGUGGUCCUGUGGUGUCGGCCGGGCAGCCCAGCCUCCUCCCCUCGGCGGGUGAAGGUGUCCACCAGGCUGGUGGAGGGCUGUCGGUGUGGACCAAAGCUAUGA